AUGGGAGACGAGUCAUACCCGGAAGGCAGAGCUCAGGAGCUGUUUGAUGAGUUUGUGUCGGCGUCCACUUGUAGGGCGGCGCUGUGGUCCUUCAGUCAGCUGUGCGAGCACCUGCGACUGGACCGCAGCGCCGCCGAGAGGCCGCUGUACCGACCAAUCAAACAACGGCUCAACUACUGGAAGGCCAACCCCCUGUGGACCAAACUGGACAGAAGGGCUGCCCAGCCUGAGUACAUGAGGGCCCACGCCUGCUCCAACACCACGGUGAGUUUGAUUUAUUAUGAUCAAAAUAUUGAAAUUAUAUACGAUAUGCAAACAUAAUAUAGGGUCCAUGCUGCUGCUUGUUUGUCAUUGAUUUGACCAAAGUCACAUGGAUUGUCACUGAUGCUUGCUCUGAAAUGGGCGGCAGUAGUUUAGAAGGUAAGAAGUUAUCCAAUAACCGGAAGGUUGGCAGUUUGAUUCCCCCUACCCCAAGUCUGUCCAUUGUGUCCUUGGGCAAGACAUUUAACCCACCUUGCUCCCAGUGUGUGUCCUCCACUGGUGUAUGAUUGUGAGUGCUGUUUGGUAGUGGUCAGAGGGGCUGUGGGCGCAAACUGGCAGCCAACAGUCUGCCCCAGGGUAGCUGUGACUACUAAGGUAGUUUACCAUCAUCAAAGUGGGCCGUGUGAGCGAAUGAAUGAAAGAAAGAGCCAUAUCAUCAAAUAUAACUUGUUUAAAAUACUGUCUUUCUGAUACUGAGAGGUAAUUAUAGUAGGAAAUAAAAUAUAUCUCUCUGAUUGGUUAGGUUGUGAUAAUAGGGGCGGGUCCUUGUGGUCUGCGGACAGCAGUGGAGCUGGGUUUUAUGGGAGCUCGGGUGGUGCUAUUAGAGAAGAGGGACUCGUUCUCCAGGAACAAUGUACUGCACCUCUGGCCUUUCACUAUCCAUGACCUGCGGGGCCUUGGGGCCAAAAAGUUCUAUGGGAAGUUCUGCGCCAGCUCCAUCGACCACAUCAGUGAGUCUGUGAUCCAUUACAGCUGUCUGUCCAUCACCUGGAUCCACCAAUAAAGGUCUGUUUUCUGUCUGCAGGUAUACGACAGCUGCAGCUGGUCCUGCUGAAGGUGGCUCUGCUUCUGGGGGUGGAGGUCCAUGUCAAUGUGGAGUUCAAGAAGGUGGUGGAGCCGCCAGUGGACCAGAGUAGACAGCGUGAGAGUCAGGGGCAAACCCAGAACUUAUCUAAGAUCAAUCUACCUGUGCACCUUUAUACCUGUGCAACUAAAGAGUUGUGCACUAUUAUACUUCUGCACACCUACACCUGUGCACUUUAAUAUUUAUGUAACUCUGUACCUGUGCAGCCCUCUCUUCACCUGUGUGCUUGCCUUCCUGUCUACCUGUAUAGGGGUGGGCUGGAGGAUGGAGGUGAGUCCUAAGUCUAACCCAUUGAAUCAGCUGGAGUUUGAUGUGAUCAUUGGAGCAGAUGGACGCAGGAACACCCUGCCAGGUACACCAAAGUCUGCUCCUUAAGUCCUUGUCCUUGUGCUGAGGGCUGAGUCUGAACCUGAAGAGUCUGAUUCUUUAGCAUGAGUUAGCAUUGGCACCUCAGCCUGCCCCAGUGCUUCACUGAGGUUGUGAAAGUUGAUGUUAGCAUGUUAGCACGGUCAGUCUGAAAUCUAUCUGAUGUUGUUCUCAGGUUUCAGACGUAAAGAGUUCAGAGGGAAGCUGGCCAUUGCCAUCACUGCAAAUUUUAAAAACAGAAACACCACAGCAGAGGCCAAAGUAGAGGAGAUCAGUGGGGUCGCCUUCAUCUUUAACCAGAGGUUCUUCCAGGAACUACGGCAGGAAACUGGUACCAAAUAUGGAAAUAUGAGCCACAUCUGGUUAACGUGCUAGAAAACAUGAGUCUCAUGCUUCUCUUCAUGUCUGUCAGGGAUCGACCUGGAGAACAUUGUGUACUACAAAGAUGACACGCACUACUUUGUGAUGACAGCCAAGAAGCAGAGUCUGCUGGACAAAGGGGUCAUACUGCAGGUAAGGCUGCACACUUGGAAACACAGCAGACACAAGUCAGUCUCUGAGACAAAACAUUAAAAGGUCUACUUAGAUGUCUACUUAAAUAUCCAUCCCUCAUCAGGAUUUUGCAGACACAGAGCAUCUCCUCUCACGGGGCAACGUGGACCAGGAUGCAUUGCAAGCUUAUGCCACAGAGGCCGCAGACUUCUCAACCAAUCACCAGUUGCCAUCCCUGGACUUUGCCAUAAAUCACUACGGUCAGCCUGAUGUCGCCAUGUUUGACUUUACCUGCAUGUACGCCUCCGAGAACGCUGCCAUGGUCCGCCAACGCCACGGACACCAGCUGCUGGUCACUCUGGUGGGAGACAGUCUGCUUGAGGUAAGACAGACUUACAAAGGGAUGACUGUAGACUGUAACUCUCAUACAACACAUCUUUCUUUUCCUCCUGUCUAUAUUCUCACUUGUGUCUCGUUUACCUGUGUCUCUCUCUCACCUGCCUCUGGUGCAGCCAUUCUGGCCCAUGGGGACAGGUAUAGCUCGGGGGUUUCUGGCAGCCCUGGACUCAGCCUGGAUGAUCAGGAGCUGGUCUCAGGGAGGAUCUCCUCUGGAUGUGCUGGCAGACAGGUCAGUUAUUAACAGUAAAUCACAGUCUGAUGAAACACUGGGCUCUGAUUGGUUGCUGGGGUGCAUCACUGACUUCCUAGCUGGAUGUGUGUACACCUGAACAUGACACACUUGCUGCCAUCAGAGUAACAGAAUAUCCAUUGUCAUACAGUAAAAACAUCUCACCUGUUUAUCCAUCUGUCCCUCAGAGAGUCAGUGUACUGUCUCCUUCCUCAGACGACUCCAGAGAACCUUCAGAAGAACUUCAGUCUGUUUACAGUCGACCCGGCAACACGAUACCUGAACAUCAACACACAGAUCGUCACACCUGCACAGGUACAAACACACAUAUUGCAUACAAGGAUAAAUAUUGUCUCUCAGAUUGAUCUGUUAAAGGACUAUCAAAGAUUUUCUUACAGGUGAGACACCUUGUGGACACAGGUGAGGGAACCAAUGACAUGACAGAGGAUAACAUCACCCGCCUGCCUUCACCUGGACUCAUCAGUCACAGUGAGUUUACUUUCAUUUCCCGUCAUCUGUCCCCUUCUGUUGUGAUUGGUCUAAUGUCUCUGCCGUGUUUUCUUACAGGUUCACUCUCACAGUCCAAUAACCUGCUGUCUUGGUGUCAGGAGGUCACUCGCGGUUACCAUGGCGUCUCUGUUACUGACCUGACAUCUUCCUGGAAAAGUGGACUGGCUCUGUGUGCUCUGAUCCAUCGAUACCGACCCGACCUCAUGUAACCUCCACAGACACACCAACCAUCAGGACCCUGUACCAUGAAAACAAUGACUGACUGAGACCUGACCGCUUUCUCUGCCCUUUUCUGUGUGUCCUCAGAGACUUUGACUCAUUGGACGAGUCCUCAGUGGAGGAAAACACUCGCCUGGGCUUUGACGUGGCUGAGCAAGAGUUUGGGAUUUCUCCGCUGAUGACAGCAGAGGAGAUGUCCUCAGUGGGAGAGCCAGACUCUCUGUCAAUGGUGAUGUACCUGAUCCAGUUCUACCAGCUGCUCAAAGACACACCGCCCCCUGCUGGUGAGACUCUCAGAUUUCAAGUUAAUAGGGAUUCCUGAGUGCUGAGGGUUUAUCUUGAACCAGAUUUCAGACAAAUGUCAGAUUCUUGAUCUUCUGCAACUCUCUGAACAUCACAACCAUGACUGGAUAAUAACUUGUCUCUUUGGCAUCUUAUUGGUGUUUCAGGCUAUCUGAGUCAGAUUUCUGAUCUGAGAUCAGCUCUGAUUACACCAGCCUCAUUGCUCAGCCGACUGGGACUCAGUCCAUCCAGGAAAAGAAACCCAAAGGUCUCCACAGAUCUUUAUUAUUAUUUACAUUUUAAUUUAUUAUCAUUAUCUGUCUAUGUUUUUCUGUCUUUACUGCUGUGUCUGUGAAUUCAUCUCUGUCUCUGAAGGACCAGAGAGAAGAUCGGGGGAAACGAAGGAAGACCAGCCAGGAUCAGCAGGAGGUCAGAAUAAAACAGAUUUGACUUUAUUCUUCAGAUGGUCAAAAAACGACAACUACAAAAAGAGUUUCUGUCUCAUCUUUAUUUUUGUCUCCAGUCAUGUGACCUAAACGGGGAUAAAGACAGCCAGGGGCAUGAUGUAGGUGGGGCCAGCAACUCCAAAGUACGUCUGAUGGCCAAUCAGCUGCAGGCGAAGCUGGAAGAGAGCUCAACCUCCACCAAGACUUCCUCUACAUCAGCUGCAGCAGCCAUACGCCGACAGGUGAGAGCAGGGACACCCACACAGAGGUGCAUGCUAAAUGAUGAGCAUAAAUCACCUCCUUUAACUCACUGAUUUAUUUGAUAUUUUCAUCACUUUAUUGACAUGUAUUUUAUUUAUUGAUAAUAGAUCUUAUGUCGAUGAACAGUCACAGAAAUGAUAAAGGAAAAUAAAUAUUCCUAUUUCCAUCUUUAAACACUGUGUGACUCUAAAUGUCAACCAGCAGGGGGAGCAGCUGUCCCCUCCACAAUCUCCAGACAGUCCUGAGGCUACAGUGCAUACAUCGUCAUGGAGACCGGUAAUAUGUGCUGGAAGUGAAGACAAGUAUAGUACAGUAGAGGACAGUGAAGGACAAAUUGAGAUAUUAAAGGACAAAAGCAGGCAGGAAGGAUAGCAAAAGGACAGAUGAAAGAUGGUACUUUGGAGGACAGAAAAAGACAGAAGUCAGCAAUUUAAAGGCAGAGGUGGAGAUAAGAAAGUGGUAGAAGACAAAAAGUGGACAGCAGAGUCCAGUUUAAGACAGCAAAUAAAAGCAGGGGACAACAGAGGUUGAAAGUGGGCAGCAGAAGACAGAAGUGGUCGGAAGAAGCUAGUGGAGGACAGCUGGUAAAAGAAAAGGACAGCAGAGAAAGGUCAAGUACAGUAAAGGACAGAGGGGGGACAGUUAAAGACAGUACAGGGCAGAAGGUGAGGAAAAAGGCAGUUAAAGAUGAUACAGGACAGUUGAGCAAAUAGAAGGCAACAGGGAAUAGUAUAUCAGAGGACAAGAGAUAAAAGUUUAGGUCAACAAAGGACACUUAAGGAAAGAUAGGGACACUAAGGGGGGUAUAGACGAAGGCUGAAGACAGCAGAGAACAGCAGAAGACAGUUGAGACAGAAAGACUUAUCUACUCCUAGCUGACUCUGAAUCAGUUUUUGAUGCAGAUCAAAUUAAGUUCUCAAAAAUCUGAAAGAUGUCCUGUGUCUUCCUCUUGGUCUCCAUGAAAACGGCACCGUCAGAGAAAGCGAACCCUUCUGCAGCAGCAGAUGAGUUUUCGGUUCAAAGAGAAGAUAAGGUGUCAUUCUGCGCUCAGUGAGAAGGAGCAGGUACUGAGUCGCAGUGCAUUCUGGGUAACUGUGGCACUGUGUAGAGUUAGUGGAUUUAACGUAGACACACUAGGAGAUGGACAAAAAACUGAGUAGGGACUGAUCCGAUUAUUAUGAUUCCUUCCUGUUUUCCUUGUCAGUUUUUGUCUCCUUGUCUUAGUCGAGUCCUGUUUUUGUCUCCUACGUCUUCCCUGUCUUUAGUUAUCUGUUUGUCUUUGUCUGUCUUGCUGUAGUGUCUUCAGAUGUACACUGGUGGAGUAAGCUCAAUGGUUGAACGUAUAGCCAAUCAGAUUCAAAGUCAGGAGGAGAUGACCUCGGUAAAAACCUGAUCCUCUAACCUGUACCUGUCUAUCUCUGAUUACCCGUCUGUCUGUAAUUACCUGUCUCUAUCUCAGAUUACCUGUCUGUCUCUGAUUAGCUGUCUCUGAAUACCUGUCUACCUGUAGUUACCUGUCUCUGCUCACUUGUCUCCGUGUUUCAGUCCUCAGGUCAGUGUUAUUUCUGUAAGGACCGGGUCUACCUGAUGGAGCGUCUGAGCGCUGAGGGGUUCUUUUUCCAUCGCUCCUGUUUUCAAUGCUUCACUUGUAGCUCCUCCCUAAAACUGGCCGCCUACACUUACGACCAUGGCACAGGUAUGCGCACCUGCUUACCUGUUGACCAGCUGUUAAUAGCCAAUACAAGACCUGUUGAUAAUCGCCAGAUACCUGCAGGGAAUUUCUUAGAAAGGCGGUUUUGAUCUGUUUAUAACCUCCAAACGAUUAAGUAGUAAAAUUUUAAUAAUCUGUAACCGGUCAAUGACCUAAAAGUAACAAGUUAGCUACCUAUUAGUAACCUGAUAUAUACCUGUUGAUAACAACAACAAUCCGUAAAUGACCUGGUUAAAAAAAACAUUCAUAAGACAUCAGUGACAUAAUAAAUGAUGAUCGAUUAUUAACCCGUUAGUAGCCUGUUACACCUUUCUUGUCCAUGCAGUGAUUAUUUUAAUAACUGUUGAUAUUCAGUAUUAAUUAAUUAAAAUAUAUAUAUAUAUAUACAGUACAGGCCAAAAGUUUGGACACACCUUCUCAUUCAAUGCAUUUUCUUUGUUUUCAUUACUAUUUAAAUUGUAGAUUCUCAAAACUAUGAAUGAACACAUGUGGAAUCAUGUGCUUAAGAAAAAAGUGUGAAAUAACUGAAAACAUGCAUUAUAUUUUAGAUUUCUCAAAGUAGCCACCCUUUGCUUUUUUGAUAGCGCUGCAUACUUUAGCUGUUCUCUCAAUGAGCUUCAUGAGUUAGUCACCUGAAAUGGUUUUUACUUCACAGGAGUGCCUGAAGUAACCCUGACAAGGUACUUCUGUCAUCGAGAGCAAAGAGUGGCUAUUUUAAAGAAACUAGAAUAUAAAACAUGUUUUCGGUUAUUUCACACUUUUUUUAUAAGUACAAAAUUCUACAUGUGUUCAUUCAUAGUUUUAAUGCCUUCAUUGAUAAUCUACAACGUAAAUAGUCAUAUAAAAAAAAGAAAAGACAUUGAAUGAGAAAGUGUGUCCAAACUUUUGGCCUGUACUGUAUAUAUAUUGUGUUUGAUAUCAACUUCUCUACAUAACAGUCAGUGUAUAAUGUUAACACAGAUCUACAGUUAAAACUGCUGGUUCUCAAAUCAUGUGAUCACGCUGUCCUUUACUGAGAUUUUAUGAGUUUCAACAGUCUGUUGUUAAUAGAAGAUCUUUGGACAGCCUAAGGAUGAGCACAUGACUUUUUCAGUUUGUUCAUACAGUCAUAACAUAAAGCUGCUCUAUGUCACAGCAGACUCAUUAAUUACACAUCAGUGACAUGUCAAUGACAUGCUUACACUCAGCUUUACUGUGACCUAUAUCCACUGCACACACAUCUAUAGGUAAGCUUUGACAACUUUGCUGAGUUGGCCUUUUCUUUGCAAGCUCACAUUCUAUAGCGAUAAAUCUUUAUAACUCAUUAUUUUUGAAAAUGUUGAGGUUAAAAGUUUGGCAAAAUAAGGGGCGUGGUCAGUAUAACUGAUAGACAGGAGGAGCUGCAGUUGCCUGACACACACACACACCUACACCUCUUUAGGUUAAUCUGCCAUCAGGCUCCGCCCACAUGUCAACAGACCCCGCCGCCAACUGGUCGAACAGCAAAGUUUACAGACUGAUCAGCUGUCACUGACCACCACAGAGGUUUAACACUGUUGAUCCAUAUGAUUCGUCAGUGUGUGGGUGAAUCAAAGAACCCUGUGUGUUAGAUGAAGCCUCUGGGCAGCCAAUCACAGUGCAGUGGUCACAUGACCUCUGCUUAAACAUGUUUAUAAAAUCUCAGAAGUCAGAGUCAGAGAGAUGGGGCGCAGAAGGGUUAUUAUCUGUCUUUUGUAAGAGAAAAUUCUGGUCAUUAAAACCUGAUUUUGAUGUUUUUCAUCAAUUAUUUUUUUUAAUUUAUGACGCUGAUAUAAAUGUGUUGUUUACAAUAUGCUGAUAAUAAUAUAAUGAUUUAUUUAUUUAUUUAUCUGUGUAUAUCAGGGAGGUUUUACUGCCUGCAGCACUGUGACUCUGGUCCAAAUGUUACAUCUGCACUAAGGAGGACUAAAAGAUCUUCUUCUCUACAAACAUCCACUGUAAGAAAAUCUUCAUUUCAAUAUUCAUGUCUGUUUGAAGGGGGUUUGUUUAGAAGUCACAGCCUUCAUACAGUCUUAGCUUUACAAUGACAACAUGUCGACUCCAGAAGUUUAUGAUAACAUUUUAAAUUCAAUUACUCAGUCAGGACCUCUGUUGUCAAAAAUGAUUAGGGUUUGCACGCUGACUGUUCUUGCAGUUGCUCGAUGAUUGACUGAUGGAUUUCUUGCUACCUUAGUGUAUAUCACUGUGUUUGUUGUGUUUACAGGCUUCUCUAAGUGCCGCCCCCUCACCGUCUUCUGCAGGCUCUCUAGUUUCUGCCAUUCGCCGUCGCUCCUCAGGUAAGUUCUGUUUACCUGUGCCGUUGUUUGACUCACAUUUUCAUACUGAGCACGCUCCUUAAACGGCGUCACUGUGGGCUUUAGUGUGUGUGUGUUUCUGUGUGUGUCUGUGUGUGUGUGUGGCUGUGUUGGUUUGUGUGCAGUGGUUUCUGUGAAGACCGCCACACCCGAGAGGAUCGAGCUGGAAAACUAUCGCUGCAGCUCGACCACGGAGGUGGGGGUUCUGCAGGAGGCAGAGGAGCCUGAGGAAGUCCCUGAGGAGAUGCUAAACCGCUUCAAUUUGGACCUGGACUCGGAUCUGGGGCAAAAACCAGAGGACAAGUCCAGGUCUGAGAGCCCUGUGUAUGGUGAACAAACAGGGCCAGAGAUAUACUAAACGUCUAACAUGGUUUCCCACAUUUUACAAGAAUUUAAUCAAUUUAAUUUAAGUAUCAUCUAAAAAAUAUCAAACUGAUUUCAGUCAAAGAGAAUCAUCAUUUGAUUGCAGUUAGUUAGUUUUAGUGGUCUUACUCUGUUCUGGAAAAGUGAUUUUAUAUAAAAUGACACGAGCUCCAUCACAAACUUUUUUUACUAACAUUGUUAAGAUUUGAUGUAACAUGUUGAGUGCGUGUGUUUCAGCUCGGAGUCAGAGAUGGAAGAGGAGGAGGGGGAGGAGGAGGAGAAGGUUUCAUGGAGAGAAACUCUGCUGCUCCACCUAAGAAACGAUGAGGAGAAGGAUGAAGACGAGGAAGAUGAUGAUGAAGAUGAAGAUGAUAAUGGAAGUGGAGAGGAAGCAGACAUUGAGAUGGAGUCCAGUGAUGGUGAGUUUAGCUUAUUUUAAAUCACCCCUCUAGAUGUUUAGUUUAUGUUGUGUGUUGUUAUGUCGUGUUUGCUGUUGUGUGUCCCUGCCGGUAGAGGGGGAGUACAGCCCCUGGGCCUCUGAGCGUCGCUCUGGUCUGUGGCUGCUGAUAGAGGAGCAGGAGGAGGAGGAGGAGGCAGGUAGAGACCACAAUCCUUUUAUCAGAAUAUUUCAUCAUCACUAACAAGAACCCACCCAAUAACAGUCCACCCAGAGGCAUUACGGGAUGUUUAGGGGGGACACUUCUUUACCAAACUAAAAAGCAGAGACGGCAAUGCCUAAAUAAUAAGAAUUAAUGUACAUUAUGUUCACAACUAGGGUUGCAAAAUUCUGUGAAUUUUCAAAGUUGGAAACUUUCCAUGGGAAUUACUGAGAAUAUAUGGUAACUAAUGGGAAUAAAUCUGAAAUUUACAAAAGUGAAGGUUGGCCCACAUCAGGGAACUUAAAUAUAGCUGGGGAAAAUUGUAGCAUAAUCUUGGCUAAAACAACCAGUUUUACACUCCUCAAUCACAUGCACAGCACACACUGCUCACUGCAGGGCUAUUGAGGCCACACCCCCUACAUGCACGGUGCAUUCCUCCAUUACAGGCACAACCCCUGGAUGCCACACUUUUUAGACCAAAGACAUUUGAGCCCAAUAUUAAGUUUUGAUAGUAUUAUGGGGUAAAUAUAUUUGAUCUGUAAUAGUAUUAAUAUUCAAAUUGAAAAAAUUAAUAAAAAUAGGUGCAAAAUGUAAGCUAUUGACUAUUUAAGGGACUAGCUUAUUAUGGUGGUGGUAGCUACCUUAAAUUUGAUGCUGUUUCUUUUGACUCUAGCAAGAUGGUUUUUCUGUAACCGUACAAUAAUUUAUACAUCAAUUGUUAAAUAUUUUAAAGACCAUUCCAGUUGUUUAGCCAACUAUAUUUCUGUUCAUGCCAAUGCAUUAGUGUAUUUACAAGCUUUUUGGUUAUUUUAUUCUACAAAAAAACCACGUUCGCCAUUCAAAUAAAUCUGUCGAAAUGCUUUUUAAUGCAUUAUUUGCAUGGCUGUCUGCUUGAACAAAGAUAUUUAAAUUUGUUUGGAUAUGAUACAGUUUGUAUAAAUUACCCCCAAUUUCCAUUUCAUUCCCAAUAAUUCCCAUGGAAAGUUUCCAAUUCCGAAUAUAUCCAAAAUUCCCCAGCUUCACUUCCCAUGGAAAGUUUCUGGAAAUUUUCCACCCCUUUGCAACCCUAUUCACAACCGUUUGAUGUCCUGUUUUAACUACUGAUGACAGUACACCUAAGCACCGCUAUAGAGUCAAACAAAUAAUUAAAUGCAGGUAAAUGUUACCAGUUAUUGGAUCUGAAUUUAUCUCCCCAGUGUUUGAUAUCUUUUGCUCCAGAUAAGGUAUAAUUUGUACAAACAAACCCUUAAAAUCUCCUUUUCCAUCAAUAAACAAAUCAAGAAUGGAUAAAUAUGCAUACCUGUCUGAAUCCAGGCUUGAAUGGUUCCUUUGGUUUGGACAAGUAGGUAAGGUUUUGGGUUAGCAUCCAGUUAGCCAGCUCAAAACCCGCUCCGUGAAAAAGACCGCGUACAGCUCCUCCCUCUGACUGCUGUUGAAUGAAUUCGUCCGGCCGGUCAGGUCCCAGCUCGUUCACUCUAAAAUUCUCCUCUCGAACGACACUGUUUUCAGUGACUCUACAGCAUUUUCUCUCUCCUGUUUUGGUUCUCUCUGUGACUCCGGCGACAUUCUGGAGCUGUGCGUCACUCGCUUGGUGGUUUUGUUUACAGUCAAGCAGCCGAACAAACCGCUCGCUCUCUGCUGCCACCCUAUGGCCGGUGGUGAAAAGCAGUAAAGUGCAGCAACGAGAGGGAGACAGCAGGGCGCGGUCAGGCUGCGCCCCGCUGUAUUGUAAAGGACCGAGCUGCGCAUGUCAAAGUUGUAACGAGAGUCAAUGGGGAUAUGUGAUUUAUGUGAAUAAAGUGUAAAAUUAAUUUUGGGUCAAACACACCAUAACACCGAGUUAGACACCCCCUUAAAAGAUGACUGUUGUCGACCGCUUGCUUUUCAAUUAUGCCACCUUUAGUAACACCCGCUGGAUAGCAAUACUCAGCACUCAUCAUAAACAUCAUAAACGUUCUUCCCUGAGCUGCGUCACCCCACUGUAGUCCAUAAUGGACUGGCCUGAGGUCUCGCUACAAACAAGCGGCUGCUGGAACAGAGUGGUUGAGUUGUGUUUAGUCUCUUUGCUAAAGAAAUUCGGCAAAGUUAAAAAGAUGUUUGGUGGCUAGGACCCUAUAUGUACUGUUGAUGAAGUUAGGUGCUGUUCUGAUCAUUAUUUGUGGCUAUAGGGUGGUGAAUUGGUUGAGGUUGGUGUGUGGUUCCUCAGACUGCUGUGUAUUAUCGUGCAGUCAUUACUUAAGUUAGUAUAACUAGAGAAGAAAGCAGUCGGCAACAUUCAUCUCUGAAGGGGGUGUCUAACUGGGUUUAAUUGUGUGUUUUACCCUAAAUUAAUUUUACUCCGGAAUAUCCCUAAAAUGUGUGCGCCCCUGGCUAGAUAUAUGCCAUAAGUAACUGUAGGCGACGUAGGACAUUUCUAAACUGAUUUUUUCGUGCAAAUUAUACCUUUCAAUUACCUCUCUUUUAACAAAAGAACGUUUUAUAAAAAGAAAGGGCCGUGUGAUUCUACACGCUGCGAGACAGAGGGUACAGCGCCCUAGUGCCCUUUAUCAACCUAUUGUCUUCAGUUGAUUUUGACUACAUUUGUCCCCCCUUUUGUGUAAUCUGGAACAGGAAGUGACAUCACUCACACAGACACACCUGUGGAGCCUGACUCCACCUCCAGCACUCCACCUUUCACAAUCUUCUCAAAUCUUGUAAAGCCUCGCCUUCCCAUAUAUACACCAUCCACUGCUUCUUUUGUCACCACACCUGACUCCACCCAGGAUGACCAGAAUACAGCCCCUCCCACACUGAGCCCACCUGUUGUUGUAAUGGAAACAGCUGCUCAAAGAUCACACCAGUGGCUUUCAAGCAAAGGGCGGGGCUCAUUCGAUGACAUCAGCCCUGAAAUGCCUCAGGAGCCGCUGGUCGUGCGGAACAGAGGGGUGGAGCCAGAGGAUGAUGAGCUGGAACAGGAUGAGGAGGCGGAGUCAGAUGCAAGAUGGAGGAGGAGACAUAAAGGAGCACACACCCUCCCGCCACGACUCCUCCACCCCCCACUGCAGGCUGGAGGAGCUCUCCUUCGCCAGUUUAAGGGGCUCAAAGAGGCUCCAUCUGCUGGACAGCUGGAGUUUGAAGGGGGCGGAGCCAAAGCCCUGUGGAGGGCAGUGUUCUCUGGAAACAAAGAGCUGAAAAAGAAGAAGGGCGGGACCUUACCUGUAGAGAGGUUGAGGAAGGAAGCAACCAAUCAGAGGAAAGCAUCGGGUAAACGUGGAAACAUACAUUCAAUUUUAGUUGCUGUGUUUUUUAUUCAUCAAACAUGCAGAACAUUUUGACAUUUAGAUAGAAAACUGAACUGCCAUUUCAACAAUAAUUCAUGUUAUUUUAAAUGACAUAAAGGUCAUUUAAUUAAACUCCAUCUAUUAGGCAGGAAAGUACUUUACCUUUAAGAAAUAAACACAACCACAUGAAUGUUGUGUAAGGCCAUUGAUGUAAUUUCUUUACCUUCUGUGUGUUCAGGUAUCAAGGGAGGUCUGACAGAAACCUCUGACCUGGACUCAUCGGUGCUGCUACACAGAUGUUCACUGACCCCCAGAGCCAACGUAAGAGUCACACACACACUCAAACUCACCUUAGUAUGACAUAGUCAGUACUCGCAACCAGCAGUGUGUUAGCAUGUUGUUUGGUAUACCCACUGUUUAUUUAAUGAUCAGGUGAAUAACUGGAACAAACAGGUAUUUUGAUUAAUGUGGUCAUGUGAUCACAGACUGACCUUCUUGAUUGAUACAAAUAAAUCUGUUGUGUUUGGUAGUUCCAUGCAGACAGAAGGUUUUUCCUAAUUGGUCAAGUCUAACAACCUACUUUGUUGCAGAAGAGAUAUUUUUCGCUAUCGGAGUGCUCACACAAUCAUUUGAUUGGUUGUUCUCUGACCCCAUGACCUAUAGGGGGUGUGUACAGGCUAAAUUUUAGAGGUCUGAGGCUCAAGUCUUGAGGGACUCCAGUCUCAAUGGUUUGACUCAUUAUCUGUCUCAUUGAUGUCUUAAGCUGCGUUUGGAGCUGGUCGACCUCACGGCUGAGAUUCAAAAAGUUUCAUUAAAGGAGAAUGAGGAAGAGAACCAGGAGGUACCAGUUGUGCUCUGUAGGAGAUCUGUGUUUCAGUGUGUUCUCAGAUCAGUGACUAUAGCUUAGAGUUAGAUUAAUGUUAGAUCAUUAGAACCCGAAUCACUGAUCUCUGCAUGUUGUUAAUGGCACAAUUUUUUAGUUCACCUUAGGACUCUAAGGUCCAAAUGGGUUGUUCCAAAUGGAUUUUGACAAGAACUUGGAAAUGCCAGAACUGACUUUUUCUUGCUCACUCAGAAUAUGUGACUCCACACUGACUUGGAGCUGUCUCAGUUGACUUGUCUUGACUCACUUGAAUUAUGACUCUGUCAGCUUGGACUUAAAUCUGCAGAGAGAACUUUAGACAGGUUAAGACUUGUCCUCACCGACUCAGACUCAUUUAAAACUGACUGGAGAUUGAAUGAGUCAUUGGAAAUGAAGAAGUCUUGAGUCUUUUUGCUCCAUGUUUGCACGAUUUGUUGUUUGACUCGUUAGAGUCUUGUCUGUCUUUGACUCUUUCUGUCCCUCGUGUCUCUCAGCCUGCAUAUGUCCCUCACGCUCUGGCUUUCAAACGAGCGUACGCCAUCAAGGUAUGGACACUGGCCAUCAUGUGACUAAGAGAUCAUGUGGUCAGGAUUCUGGAUCAUGGCGGUCUGACACCCCAGACUCUGUCUGAUGUUUGGACACUGUUUUUGUUUUUAUAGAGACGCCUGAGGAAGGACUCAGUCCCCCUCAAGGAUUCAGAUGGACGGUCCUCAUGUACCACAGAGGUGGUGGGGGUCUUGGUCCCGCCCAAAGAGCUGUCCAGUCUAAGUGUGAAGGAGACUUUGUUCCAGAGAGGGCAGGAAGAGGACCCUGAAGACCUGGACGCCAAAAUCACCCGACGAGUCCAGAGAGCUGCGAGACGGACUGCAAAACAGGACCAGCUGAAGAGACUCCACAAAGCCCAGGUGAGUUCAACUGAAAGACAAAAACAGGUCAGACCGGGAUCAAUAGGAAUAAAGACCAGGUCUAACUGAGGAUGUAGAAAGACCAGGUCCUCUUGAGGACAGAGUUUUCGUUUCUCAGAUUGAUCAGGUGACAAUAAGAGGGCCAGACAAUGAUGUCAAGUCAGACAGAUUGGUCAGGUGAGGUGGGUUUGACAGGUGGUCCAGGUGAAACUGUGUGUGUGUGUGUUUCAGAUGAUCCAGAGGCAGCUGCAGCAGGUGGAGGAGAAGCAAAGGCAGCUGGAGGAGAAAGGAGUGAUGGUGGAGAAAGCUCUGAGAGGAGAAGCAGGUAUACACACAUACAACACAGUUUGGUGGGUUUAUAAAUAAAGUGUACAUACAGAGUGGGAAUGUUGUGCAUGGAUGGAUGUGUAUGGAUCAUGGAUACUUACCCAGCACCCCUGCUGUUUAAUCUGUGUGUGUGUGUGUGUGUGUGUGUGUGUGUGUGUGUGUGUGUGUGUGUGUGUGUGUGUGUGCGUGUGUGUGUGUUCAGAUUACUGGGGAGACAAUGAUGGCCCAGACAUUGAGCUUCACCUGGAAGGUAAGGUGUAACAUUCCACUAUUCUGUUCACUUUAUCAUGCAGCAUACUGUGGUGUAGUGAGACAGUGUAGUCCCCCUCUGUCCUCUGCUCAGUCCAGUCUUGCAGUCUGUACCUGUCCCUGCAGGUCUGGGUAAACUGGAGAGUCCCGCUCUGAUGCAGCAGUGGUUCCAGCUGGUCCAGCAGAAGAACUCUCUGCUCCGCUAUGAGUCUGAGCUCAUGAUAUUGUGAGUAGACCAGGUCUACCAGAACCAUCCAGGAGGUCAUCAUAGACCUGUAUCUGACAGGACCAGGUCUAAAAGGACUUCCUGGAUACAGUUUAUAAUGCCCAGGUCCCUGAGGUGGAUCAUGUCUCAGUCUGUCUGUUUUUUAGCGCUCGGGAGCUGGAGCUGGAAGACCGUCAGAGCCGUCUGCAGCAGGAGCUUCGAGAGAGAAUGGCUGUGGAAGGUAACCAAUCACUAAUCAAUCAAUCACCCUCGUAUAUCAAUACAUUAAGACAAACAACACUGUGAUUUAAACAUGCACCCCUCAUCUCUCUGUGUACCUGCGUUUCCUCAGACCACCUAAAGGAGGCGGGUCAGCUGGUGGCGGAGCGUCUGAUCCUGGAGGAGAUGUUGGAGGUGGUGGAGCAGAGAGACGCUCUAGUGUCCCUGCUGGAGGAGCAGAGGUUGCAGGAGAGACAGGAGGACCAGGACCUGGAGCAGGUCAUGAUAACCCGAGGACUGGGACUCAGCUGGACUUGA